UGGUCAGGAGUUCAUCCGAGGCGUCCGGGCAACGCCGAGUGGGAGCUAUGACGGCUGCCGCGGGUUCGGCGGGCCGCACCUCAGUGCCCCUGCUGCUGUGCGCGCUGCUGGCGACCUGCGGCGCCUACGUGCUGGACGACUCUGACGGGCUGGGCCGGGAGUUUGACGGCGUCGGAGCGGUCAGCGGCGGCGGGGCCACCUCCCGACUUCUAGUAAAUUACCCAGAGCCCUAUCGUUCUGAAAUACUGGAUUAUCUCUUUAAGCCAAACUUUGGUGCUUCUUUGCAGAUUCUAAAAGUUGAAAUAGGUGGUGACGGGCAGACAACAGAUGGCACUGAGCCUUCUCACAUGCACUAUGCACUCGAUGAGAAUUAUUUUCGAGGGUAUGAGUGGUGGUUAAUGAAGGAAGCUAAGAAGAGGAACCCUGAUAUUAUACUUAUAGGGUUGCCAUGGUCAUUCCCUGGAUGGCUGGGAAAAGGUUUCAACUGGCCUUAUGUAAACAUUCAGCUGACUGCCUACUAUGUUGUGAGCUGGAUUUUGGGUGCCAAGCAUUAUCAUGAUUUGGACAUAGAUUAUAUUGGAAUUUGGAAUGAAAGGACAUUUGAUACAAGUUACAUAAAGGUAUUAAGGAAGAUGUUGGACUCACAAGGUCUUCAGCGAGUGAAAAUCAUAGCAAGUGAUAGUCUGUGGGAGCCCAUUUCGUCAUUCAUGCUGCGAGACCCCGAACUCUGGAAAGUGAUUGAUGUUAUUGGGGCGCAUUAUCCCGGCACCCGUGUGUCGCGGCAUGCGAGGAUGACCAAGAAGAAGCUGUGGUCUUCUGAAGAUUUUAGUACUUUCAAUAAUGACGUGGGUGCCGGCUGCUGGGGACGCAUAUUAAAUCAGAAUUACGUCAAUGGCAAUAUGACUUCCACAAUUGCUUGGAAUCUGGUGGCCAGUUACUAUGAAGAGCUGCCAUAUGGGCGCUGUGGAUUGAUGACUGCCCAGGAGCCGUGGAGUGGGCACUAUGCCGUCGAAUCUCCUGUCUGGGUAUCAGCUCAUACGACUCAGUUUACCCAACCAGGGUGGUAUUACCUGCAGACAGUUGGCCAUUUGGCAAAAGGAGGAAGCUACGUAGCUCUGACUGAUGGCUUAGGUAACCUCACUGUCAUCGUUGAAACUAUGAGUCGCAGACAUUCUAAGUGCAUCCGGCCAUUUCUUCCUCUGUACAACGUGUCUGCACAACACGCUACCUUUGUUCUUAAGGGCUCUUUUAGUGAAAUCCCGGAACUACAGCUGUGGUACACCAAACUUGGAGAACCAUCUGAGAGAGUUCUUUUUAAACAACUGGAUUCUCUAUGGCUCCUGGACAGCAAUGGCACCUUCACGCUGGAACUGCACGAGGACGAGCUGUGGACACUCACCACCCUCUCCACAGGGCGCAAAGGAAACUACCCACCGCCUCCCAAGUCCCAGCCAUUCCCGCAUGUCUAUAAGGAUACUUUCAAUGUUGAUUACCCAUUUUUUAGUGAAGCUCCGAAUUUUGCUGACCAGACAGGUGUAUUUGAGUACUACAUGAACCCCGAGGACCGCGGAGAGCACCGCUUCACUCUGCGUCAGGUUGUCAACCAGCGCCCGAUCACGUGGGCUGCGGAUGCUUCCAGCCCGAUCAGCAUCAUCGGAGACCACCACUGGACCAAUUUGACUAUAAGCUGUGAUGUUUACAUAGAGACGCCUGAGAAGGGAGGUGUAUUCAUCGCAGGAAGAGUAAAUAAAGGUGGUCUUUUGGUUAGAAUUGCACAAGGCGUUUUCUUCUGGAUUUUUACUAAUGGAUUGUACAGAGUUACAGGUGACCUAGCUGGAUGGAUCGUAUAUUCUUCAGGAUAUGUUGAAGUAAAAGCAAAACAAUGGUACACACUUACAUUAACAAUUAAGGGUAAUUUGGCCUCUGGCAAGUUGAAUGGCAAGGUUCUGUGGCAUAACAUCCAUGUGAAAUUCCCGAGGAACGGCUGGGCUGCAAUUGGAACUCGCUCCUUCGAAUUCGCGCAGUUCGACAACUUUCAUGUGGAAGUCACACACUGAAACCACGUGCUGUCCGACACUCUUGAGUUCUUCCUUUUGGACUUGGUGUAGGGCCAGUUCUUGUGCUGACAGAUUGCCUUGCUAGGCUGAAAACAAGGAAGAGUACAUAGGAAGACAGUUAUAUUUUUACUUGAUCCUGAGAAAGAUUUUACUAGAUAAUUCCAAAGGAAUGUGAAUUGUUAACAUUUUCUAAUGUGUUUCUUAAAAGUCACUCUUCGCUGGUCCUGUGUUCAGGAGUGGUUCAGGUCUGGAAGCCAUCUUGUAAAUACUAGGUGGAUCUCUUCGUUCUUUACCAAAUGAUUAUGCAGGUGGCCAAGGCUGCCCUCACUGAGAUGUACUGGUGAGCGUUGUCCUUGUGUCCAAAUGAUGUCCUCAUAGUAGGAUGCUGCUGCCACAGAGGGAUCUGAAGAACAUGAAGUACUGCUUCUUGGAAACCAUGUCAGUGUGCUCUACUUACCUCUAACAAGUGUCCUUUUUUUAACUUUAAGAUGAUGAUUUUGAAUGAUGAAUAGAAUGAUUUGAAAAAUGCCUCUUCAUUAAGCUACCUCUGUUAUUUCUGCAACAAUAAAUUAUGGCAAAUUA